GUCUUUGUUAGAAUCUUAUGUAACAUGACAUCACGUAUUGCACGGUUCGUGGUAUUGUUGGGCCUGUCAACCACUGUGUUCGGUGUAUCCAUAGUCAAAAGACAGGCAGAUAAGGAUAAUGCUGAUAUCAAAAAUGAUGCUGACCUCUGUAAAGGUAGAACUGCCCUUGAGUACUUUCGUCUGACAGCAAGCGAGGACUGUCGAGAUGUGGUUCGCUGCUCAGUGCAAGGUUUGCUUGCACUUAGGUGUUCCACUGGACUUGCAUUUGACAUCGAAAAACAGACUUGCCAGUGGAAGAACCAAGUAAAGAACUGUGAUCAGGUGGAGAAACCUCGCCUGGCCAUGCCCCUUCUAUCUACAGAAGAACCCAUUUGCAGUGAGAACCAGCUGGCUUGUGGAAAUGGUGAUUGUAUUGAGCGUAAGCUCUUCUGUGAUGGAGAACCUCAAUGUGCUGAUGGAUCUGAUGAAAACGUUUGCACUAAAGAAAAAGAUCCUAACAGAGCGCCCCCUUGCGACCAGAAACAAUGUACCUUGCCAGACUGUUUCUGUUCUCCUGACGGGACUCAGAUUCCUGGAAGGAAGGAUCCAAAUAAUAUUCCUCAAAUGGUCAUGAUUACCUUUGAUGACGCAGUCAACAUCAACAAUAUUGACAUUUACAAAGAACUCUUCAGGGAUGGCCGGAAUAAUCCUAACGGAUGUUCUAUAAAGGGUACCUUCUACGUAUCCCACAAAUACACCAACUACUCUGCGGUUCAGGAUCUUCAUCGGAAAGGGCACGAAAUAGCAUCUCAUUCUAUAACUCAUCGUAAUGACGAAUCAUAUUGGAGUGGCGCUAGUCUUGAAACGUGGGCUAAGGAAAUGGCAGGAAUGAGAUUAAUCCUUGAAAAGUUUGCAAACAUCACAGACAAUUCUAUUGUUGGUGUCCGUACUCCGUACUUACGUUUGGGUGGUAACAGCCAGUUUCGUAUGAUGGAGGAACAAGCUUUUUUGUAUGACUCAUCGGUCACUGUUCCUCUGUCCAAUCCUCCUCUUUGGCCAUACACCCUUUAUUUCAGCAUGCCACACAAGUGCCACGGUAAUGGACAAAACUGCCCCACACGAUCUCAUGCUGUAUGGGAGAUUCCCAUGAACGAACUAGACCGUCGCGAGGAUCCAAGAUUCGACGAGAACCUGGCUGGCUGUGCCAUGGUGGACAGUUGUAGCAACCUGAUCACUGGAGACCAAUUCUAUAAUUUUCUCAAUCACAACCUGAAGAGACAUUACACCACCAAUCGUGCUCCCCUCGGGCUGUUCUUCCACGCCGGCUUUCUUAAGUUGAAUCCCGAAUUUAUGGAUGCCUUUAUUAGCUGGAUUGACGAGAUGUUGGACAGAAAGGACAUUUAUUUCUUGACUGUGACUCAGGUUCUCCAAUGGAUGCAAAAUCCAACAGAGCUCAGUAGUAUACAGAACUUUUCCCCAUGGAAAGAAAAGUGUGAUGUCAAAGGUCAGCCUAUUUGCAGUCUUCCCAAUGCUUGCCCAUUGACCACUCGUGAGCUUCCGGGAGAAACUGUCCGUUUACAUACCUGUAUGGAAUGCCCUCAGAACUAUCCCUGGAUUGAAGAUCCAACUGGAGAUUACUUCUCAUUCAAGAAAUAGACAUUGUCAUAAAACUUAGUUAAAUUAAUUUAGUUACAUUUAAAACUUAAGUACCAUGUCUCACACUUCUCUUGUAACUCCCUGCAGCGCAUUUGUAAUAUCCAUUUUUUUUUUAAUCUUGUUUUCUGGACCAUUGUCUUGGUUUCUCCAGAUAUGGUAAAGCAUGAAUAUACGAAAGCACUUCUUCUGAAUGCUUUCAGCCCCGUUAUUCUAAUCUGAACGAGGGAUAAGAGUUUUUGACCCAGUUGUGGACAGUUUUAGAGUAGAUCCAGGAUCUACUUUAGGGUAUGUAGUUAAUUAAAAAAAAACAGAGUUAUCAAGAGUAAACCGCUGAUUUCAACAAAAUAGGUGGUUAAGCGUUAGAAAAAACAACAACAUUUGUUUUGUUUUGUAACUUUAAUUUUGAAUUUCUUUUUCUCGCGAUCUCGAGUUUUACUUUGUAGUCAAAGCAGGCGUUGAGAUGUUAAAUC